UUUUCCCACCACGCACGAGCCUCUUGAUCGUAGGUGGAACCAGGACUGAUGGGAUGUAGUUUCAGUUCAUCAUCAUCAUCAUCAUCUGUGCGACUAACCGAAUAACAGUAAACUAAAUCAGUUUAAUUUUAAAGUGUGUCCUUAAAUAUACGUGAGUUCUGAGGCGGAAAUUACAGCUUUGGCAUCAAGUUAAGGAAAAGUGUUUUUGUUAGCUGACAUAACAUCUGACUGGAGGCUAACGUCACUCGGCUAAUGCUAACGUCAUUCGGCUAAUGCUAACGUCAGCGCACGGAUGCUGUCAGGCGAAUUUUCUCCGGAUGUUUUCUGAAAUGAGACUCUGAGUAAAGGCAUGUGUUUGUGUGGGGCUCCAGCAGGAUUCCACACAGUCAUGGUCAGUGUUGUAUGAUAGUGACAUUUCUUAAAACCAGAAGGAUAGGUUCGCCUCAUCCACAGACAUGAACCUGCCCCUGGGCAGGAACGGGUUAAUCGGACUGGCCGUGGGAGCCACAGCUGGACUGGGUUUGAUAGCUAUCAUUAUUUAUAGACAGAUGUGUAGGAGAAGAGCCCACAGACUGGUGUCAGAGGCCCGGACACCGGCUCCGGUUCUGUUCGAUGGACCGGAUGGAGAUGAACGGACGCACGAGACCAUGGAUGCUCAGGACAUGUGGGACUGUGUUGCAGAGGCCGAGGCCCAGCAGGAGGCUCUGGAGGCGGUGGAGGCCGUGGUCCAGGGUCUGUCCCCGGAGCAGCAGCUGCAGCUCAGGAACCAGCUGGACCAGGUCCUGAACUGCGUGGCGUCGCUGCGCUCAGAGGUGGCCGAGCUGAGGGGAGGGCUGCAGGACAUUGCCCUGCAGAUCAUCCAGGAUGUGAAGAAAGGAGUGGAGGACAGUCAGCGCGUCCGUCGACGACGCCACCUGAUCCACAGGGAGCGCACCGACUCCACCAGCUCCAGCUCCAUCUACUUCACCGCCAGCCAGGGAGUGGCCAGCACCUACGAAGAAACCAGUGAGGGAGGGUACUCAACAGCCUACGCAGAGUCAGACUACACAGACCGAGACACUGACAGAGAAGAAGGAGAGAAGGAGCAGGAGUCGGAGGAGGAGGAGGAGGAGGAGGAGGAUCGGAGCUGUGCCACUGUCCUCACCCUCCGGCAGGAAGACUCCCAAGAAGAGGAGGACAGAGGACUGGAAGAGGAGGAGGAGGAGGAGGAGGAGGAGGAGGAGGAGGAGGAGGAGGGUGGAGGUGUUGGGAGGCUGCAGCCGGUGUGUGAGCUCCUCCUCCCUCCCAGUGGAGAACUGGCUCUGCUGUUGGCCCAGAGCGACAUCCUGCACACAGGAGACGCCAAACUGAAGGCAGAGGGAUUCAGACUGCUGAUGGACAACAGAGCACAGUACGGAGACAGCAGAGACUUCCUAUGGAGACUGGCUCGGGCCUACAGUGACAUGUACCAGUGCACCGAGGACCAAGAGCAGAAGAGGACGAUCGCCCAACAGGGUCAGGAGGAGGCGGAGCUCGCCCUCAAGAAGAACGGCCUGAACGCUGAGUGUCACAAAUGGUUUGCGGUUCUGACAGGACUGAGGUCACAGCAUGAGAGUUUACACAGUAAACUGAAGAGCAGCCACAUCCUGAAGGAACACCUGGACCGGGCCCUGGCCCUCAGAGACGAUGACCCCAUGUGUUUGUACCUGCUGGGCCGAUGGUGUUAUGAGGUGUCCUCACUUGGCUGGUUGGAACAGAAGGCUGCUGCUGCCCUCUACCAGACCCCCCCCACCUCCACCAUCCAUGAGGCCCUGCAGAACUUCCUGAAGGCAGAAGAACUCAGUCCAGGUUUCUCCAAGACCCUCAGACUCUACAUCGCCCAGUGUCAUGUUGAACUGGGAAACGUCUCUGAAGCCACAAACUGGAUCCACCAGGCUCUGAAGACCACCUGUGACCCCCCACAUGAUGCAGACUCGUCUAAACUGGAGGCUCAGCUUCAGCCCUUCAUUUCCAAACACGUCUGAACCAGGACUGUGGAACUGGAGGUCCACAUCCAGACCAGCAGGAACCGGGUCAGACCGGUACAAUAACAACACAAUAACCUAUAAAUACUACAAACAAACAAACAAACAAACCUCCGCUGAAUAAUGAAAAUAUUUCCAUGUACAAACUGUCCAGACAAAAUGAUGUGAAGAACCUGAAAAAACGACAUUUAUUCAGAAAAAUAAGUGUCAUUUGAACAACAUGUCUCACCUUAUUUAAACAUGUUCAUUCCACACAUUUGAUAACAGGUGGACUAUGGGUCCCCUUCCUCUGACUGUUCAGGUGUUUACAUGUUUGUUUAUAGAUUAUUGGGUUCUUUUAGAUCCUCUGGGUCUGAAUGUGGAACCUGUUCAUCUGUUCAGUGUCUUUUUUGCACUUUGUAAAUUGAUCCCAUUGGUCCAGGGCCGGAGCCUACAGGGUCAGAGCCUACGGGGCCGGUUCUGCUCUCCCCCCCCCCCCCCCCCCCAUCUCCACUGGUUUCCUCCUGUUUGUCACUUACUGUCAUUCAUUCUUUCCUUUGUGCUACCAGAGUCCUUUCUAUUGUACAGAUGAUUAUUGUGAUUAACUGUAAACUGUGAAUGGUUCAUUAAACUGAAGGAGGUUUGGUUUUUGA